CCGACGUCCAUUUCCCCCCCCAGAAAUCCCGUCCGCAUUGCAUUGACGCUUGUUCGGCGUCAGUCCCUAUGUUCUCGCGCGGCCCUGCAUGUCUGAGGAGCAGCCGUGGUCUAACUACCUUCCUCGACAACAUCGCGAUUGGCGCCGAUGAACAUCAUGAACCCUUGCUCUUCCUCUACCCUCGCUGGUUUACAUUCGCCUUACGACAGCACCGGAGAUCGAUUGCUUCGAUAGCUGGCCCUACCACUACCUCUUCGGCCAAGGGGAAUAGACAACCAAGCCGGCUGUUCGUCGGAAGAUGUUACGCACGGAGACGAUCCGUGGGAAGCUCCUUGUCGAGGAGAUGGCUUUCGUCAAAUACAGCUGUCGCGAAGGAUAAUGAUAAUAAAAAUAGUGACGCUGUGGUUGAGGAUGGCCUGCGAAACUCCGCCGAACAUACUGCAGUCGCUGCUGGAACACGACGUUCUUCCGGCUCGAGUAACACCACAUCAAUUCCGCAACCCGAGCGGGGUGCUACAGAUCUUAUGGGCUCAGAGCUGACGGGAGAUGUCGGAGAAAAUUCUCGCGAGAGGUCGCUGGAAUACAUGGAGAGAUUGCCUACGCGGGAUAGAAGGAAAUUGCGGUACCGUCUACACAUAAACAAGGAAGUUCAGAAACUGGAGCCCUGGAAACAGCGGAGAAGGACGGUUCAUUGGACGCAAUUGCUGGAUCAGCUCGAGGAUUUGCAAGCACAGUCCGAGGAUCGCAUGCUCGAUAAGCCGGGUACAAAGCACAGGGAGAUGCUUAUCCCCGAAGAGACUGUGGUGUAUCUGGCUGGCAUGACAGGGAUGCGGGAGAAUAUUUGGUACGUUCCUAUUCACAACGGGUGUCGGGUUCGUGUGCUGGAUGCGAUUGAAAGCGAUGGUCCGUGCCGGAAAGUCGUUUUAUCUGGAUCCGAACGAGUGGUCGAGUUGGUUGCGAACGAAAUAUCACAGGCUCAAAAUCUCCAGGCGACCGGUGACCCUUUGAUUGAUGUCAGGAAGCCACCUGUUCGGAUCUAUCCUUCUAUAGAGGCGCUUCGGCUCAAUAAUUUGCCUGUACCGCUGAUCCGAGGCGUGUGGGAGAGCCAUGACGAGCUGUCCGAACGGCCGGUCUUCAUGGAUUCCAUUCUGCCUUCUCAUCCUACUUUAACGAACGUGAGGGAGUUCUCUGAGUAUGUUGAAGAUAUCAGUAGGUCAAAGCGGUAUCCUCGUUUCAGUCAAAAGUACGACAGCGCCCAUCCCGAGCGACAUCAUCACCUGCAAAGGGCAGAGAAAGCACUCGUGGAACUCUUCCUGCAGGAUGAGAACAAGAGACUCAUCUCGACUGGGGCACUAAAUAUUGCGCUUUCCUUUCUAUGCAAGCACGAAUUUCUCUCUUCUGCUCGGGAGGUUUUUUCAAAGGCCGAGCAUCUUGCAACGGCCGACACUUUUAAUAUUCUCUUGCGAUCCGCAGCUCGGAGACAGGAUCUGGCAAAGUUUCGCGAUAUUCUGACUGAGAUGGCCGGAUCGCAUGUCCAGCCGAACGCAGAUACCUGGCUUGCUUUCAUCGAUUGUGUCGUUUUCCCUCCAGCAAAGAAGUAUUUGGUUGAGCGUCUCAUAUCGAGUGGGUAUCUGAGCAGUAUUAGAGGCCGCCGAACACUCUUUCUGUUGACGGUCGAGGACACUUUUCUCGAACAUUUGGAAAGAGGCCAGAGCGUGGAUUCCUUCUUUGACAAGAUGGGUGCCUCAGAGGGCACUGAUUGGGUCAAUGGCGCGUUGCUUUACAAGAUGUUUAGCGUAAUCGUCAGACUAAAAAACUACGAAGCCCUGGACCGUUUGAUCGAUAUCUCCCUGCACCAUGGCUGGCCCAUGGGAAACUCCACCCCCAGACUAGUCCUGGGCCUCUUCCGCAGUAAUAUCUUUUCGGCUCUCCACUUUGUUCUCCGGUGCAUAGGAAGUCCCUCAUUCCAGAUGAAUGACGACGCUUACGAAAAGCUUUUUCUGAUUGCAUUCAAAACCCGAAGCUACAACGUCUGCCGCGUCCUCUGGAGGUACGCGUGCAUGGAAGGCCGCGUGAGCUAUAAAAUGAGGCAAUCCGUCCUCACCUCCUUAGUCCGCAACGAACCGAAAAAGAGGAAAAACGUCAUCGCUGACCUCUGGAGCGUCAGCGCCGGCAAAGUAAUUGUCGGUAUGGAUCUGCAUUUACCCGAUAUCAGACUACCACAGUCGAUCCUCGAAUACAUUCCGUCUGAAUAUCAUGAGUACCCGUUAUCAUAUCUGCUCAGCGGUUAUAAGCCGACGGGAAAUGGGAGGGAUACGCAAUUGCGGUUCGGCUCUGAUCUGGUCAGCAGGGAUAUCAAAGUAGGACCUCGAUAUGAGCCGCAGGAGAGUCUGGCGCUUAUGCUGCAUGCUGCCGCUUUUAUAGACCAUGAAUGGAAUAACACCCCCCGGCCCACGCAUUGGAUGAUCCAGAACGCUAUACAGGUGCCUGUGGUGAAGCGGUUGCGUUCUCGGUGGUGA